CAGUCGUUGAUUUUGCUGUCGUUGAAGCUCAGUCGAUUCAUAAUUCAACUGUUCGUAAGCUGAUCGAGUGAGAUGGCUUUCGCUGCGGUGGUUUCGGUUGAGCAGAUUCUGAAGCAGAUGAUCUUGCAUCCUGAUGAUUCUGCUCCAAAGUCAACAAUCGAGUGUUUCCAUGGCAAGAUCCGUUCCUUGCAGUCAUGCCUUGAAAAGAUGUAUCCCGUCAGAAGAAGCAAACGCGAUAAGGUGAAUGAACUGGAAUCCAAAAUCAGAGAAACUGUCUACAAAGCCCAAGAUCUCAUCGAAGCCUUCAUCUCCACCCAAAACUCCAAUUCCGCUUUCCUUCUAAAUUUCCAACGCGAAUCCGAAACCAGAGAAAAAGUCGACCUGGUCGAAACCCUCAUCUCCGGCCGCAGCUCCCAAUCCGCUAUUCUUCAAAAUUUUGAAGUGGAAACCAAAAAAAUAAAGGAAACAAUCCACGAAGCCAAAGUUCUCAUCGAAUCCUUGAUCUCCGCAAACAAAUCCCAAUCCGCUUUCCUCGUAGAUCUCAAGGAAAACGAAGGAAAGCUCGAUCAGAUCUUGGCCAUGGCGGAAGAGAUAGCAAGUUCCAUGAAAGAGGAGCAGCAUACGCCGCUUGCAAAGCCCGAAGCUUCAAAAUCCAGUAGUCGAGCUAGCAAGAGUUCCAAGAUUGUGGGGCAAAAAGAAGAUUGCAGAAAGCUGAAGGAUGAGAUCCUAAGCGAAAAAACAGAUCUUCAAGUAAUCCCAAUCACGGGUUUACCCGGAAUUGGAAAAACAACUCUUGCUCGAAGUAUUUUCGAUGAUAAAGAAAUUGGGGAGCGAUUCCUCACCCGAUCAUGGGUGACCGUAGGCCAAGAGUGUAAUUAUGCUGAAAUCUUCUCAAAGCUCUUGGCUUCAAUCCAAAGGAGUAGUGAUGGCUCAGUGAAGCAAGGGAAUGCUGAGCAGCUAGCCAAUCAGUUGUACAAAAGUCUACAAGACUGCAGCAAAGGGUAUCUGAUUGUGGUGGAUGAUGUGUGGGAUACUGAUGUCUGGGACAGAAUCAAGAACUACUUCCCAAACAACUAUAACUACAGUCGGAUUGUUGUGACAACCAGAAUUGAUAUAAUUGCUGGGAAAGUUACUAAGUCCGGUUUCUGUCAUAAGAUGGAGUUGCUAAAGAAAGAACAGAGUUGGGAGUUGCUGCGUGAGAAGGUGUUCGAAGACGGGCAUUGCCCUCCUAAUCUGAUUGCUGUAGGAAAGAGCAUUGCCGAGCACUGUGGUGGUCUUCCCCUGUCAAUUACAGUGGUCGGCGGCCAACUCUCUGCAAAAAUGGAUGAUGUAGAGUAUUGGAAAAUUGUUGAAGAUGAUGUAAAAGAUGCUGCUAACUCAGAGGGAGAGACUUACAUGGAGAUCUUGUCUCGAAGCUACGAGCACUUGCCUUCUAAACUGAAGGGAUGUUUCCUUUACAUGGGAGCCUUCCCUGAAGACAGUGAGAUUCCUGUCUCCAAGCUCGUGAAGCUAUGGCUCGCGGAAGGGUUUCUGAUCCGAAAAGGAAAAUCAUCUUUUGAAGACAUUGCUAGGCAGUGCAUUGCUGAUCUUCUUGACAGGAAUCUGAUCUUUCCUGUCAAAUUAGCCUCAAACGGAAAAGUUAAAACUUGUGGCAUGCAUGACAGCAUUCGGCAUGUGGCAGAGAUCAAGUCCAUCAAGGAGAGUUUUUUUGUUUCCUUUAAGAAGUUUCCCAGUCGUCAAACAAGCCAACCACACCGUGGAGAAGUUGCAGGCACUCUUAAAGGUAAAGAAACUCAAAGGCGUUUAUCUGUUCAUAAAAACAUUCUAAUGUGCAUGGAAGAUGUUUAUGAAUCUGCCAAAUUGAUUAAACCUGCACGCACUCUUGUUUAUGCUGGCCAUUACCACCAUCACCCUUUACCAUAUUGUCUUGUUUACGACUGGCUUAGGGUGUUAGAUGCUCUUACAGUCCAUUUGAUUGAGUUCCCAAAUGAAUUAGCUAAACUGAGUCAUUUGAGGUAUCUCUCUUUAACUUUCAACGGGAAGCUUCCUGCAUCCCUAUCUCAACUCACAAAUCUACUGGUUCUGAUUGUUCGUCGACAUCCCAAGAUCAUAAUCAUGGGGAAAUCCAUCUUGCCAGUGGAGAUAUGGUACAUGAAACAACUCAGACAUAUUCUGUUGACAGAAUGUGACUUCCCUAAUCUCCCACAAAUUAAAGAAGGGGAUUCUCCUCUUCUUGGAAACCUUCAAUCUCUUUCCACAAUCAAUGCUUCUAAUUGUACACAAGAGUUCUUCAAAAACGUGCCUAACUUGAAAAAGUUGGGAGUUUGGAUUGAAGCACCGGGACCUGUGAGUUUGUAUCUAGAUAAUCUCCCAGACCUUGAAUCUUUUAAGUUCAGAGUGCUCAAUCCCAUCCCUGGUAAAGAGAUUGAUCUGCAGAGGGAUCUUGUUUUCCCGGAGAAACUUGAGAAAUUGAGUUUAAGUGGCUGUGGCCUCCAAUGGGAUCGUCUGCAUGAUAUCGGGAAGUUCCCAUGUCUUCAAGUGCUGAAACUGCGACACUUUGCCUUCCAAGGACCGGUGUGGAUCCCAAAGGAUAAACAGUUUCCUGAGCUAAAGUUGUUGCUGAUUGAAUGCUUGGACUUGGAGUUCUUGAGGAUUGGUUUUUUCUGCUGUGAAAAUCUCGAAAGGCUUAUUAUCAAGAAUUGCUAUGAACUGGAGGGUAUUGAUGCAGAGCUUGGAAGCAUAGGAACCCUUAAACAUGUUGAAUUGAUCGGCUGCAAUUAUGACGCUGUUGAUUGCGCCAAGGAAAUUAGGAAAGAUCUUAUGGAUAAUGGAAAGGACUUGCAUCUUCACAUCUACUCUUGGUGGGGAGAGAAUACAUUGCCAAAUGAUUGCUGAAUGUGGAACUUGGAAGACAUGAUUAUGAAGUUUAUUAUCGGAGUUUGGAGGCUAGGCAUCAUGGCCUAAUCCUGCAUCCUUUUCCCCCUCGUUUUGUUUUGAGCAUGUGCAAUAAAUUUGUGUUUUUAUUUGUUUCCUCAAAACUGGGGUUCUUCACGCGUGUAUAUAGUAUUGAAUGUUACAUAUGCCGUGAGUAGAGGAAGAAGAGAUCAGAAGAAAGGAUUGAUUUUUCUCUGUAUUAUAUUUCGAUCAUUGCACCAUUGCUCAUAUAGAGCUAGCUGUACAUGAAUUUCUAUAUCAAUGUAUUAUUGGGCUAAAUCAUUCUAUAUCAA